AUGAAAGGAUUAUCCAGCAACCGCAGUCAUCAUCAUGGGAUUACCUGUGACCCUCCAUGUGACAGUCUGCCACAUCACCCAGACAGGCAGCCAUAUUUGUUAAAUCCAGUGGACCCUCACCCUGCAGAUCACCCUUAUUAUACUCAGAGAAACUCUUUUCAGGCAGAAUGCAUGGUACCUUAUAAUGAUCAAAUUGCCAGCAGCACAUUUCCUCGGCGACAUUACAGUUCCCACCAUGAACUUAAAGACGAGUGUGCUCUUGUUCCCCAUGGAACAGCUAACAAAACUAAUCGCAUUCCUGCCAAUCUUUUGGACCAGUUUGAAAGGCAGUUGCCUCUUAAUCGUGAUGGCUACCAUACCUUACAAUACAAACGGACUGCCGUGGAACAUCGCAGUGACAGUCCAGGGAGGAUCCGCCACUUAGUUCACUCUGUUCAAAAGCUCUUCACAAAGUCUCAUUCUCUUGAGGGACCAUCAAAGGGAAGUGUCAAUGGUGGCAAAGCAAGUCCAGAGGAGACACAGACUAUGAGGUAUGGGAAGCGUAGCAAGAGUAAAGAAAGGAGGUCAGAAGGCAAGUCCAGAUCCAAUGCACCAGGAUGGUGGAGUUCAGAUGACAACUUGGACAAUGAUGUUUGCAUUUAUCAUGGUCCCAGUGGAGUUAUGACUAUGGGAAGGUGCCCCGAUCGUUCCACUUCUCAGUACUUUAUGGAAGCCUAUAAUACUGUAAGUCAACAUACUGUGAAGUCAUCCAAAAGCAAUAAUGAUGUCAAAUGCUCUACUUGUGCAAACCUGCCCGUGAAUUUGGAUGCCCAGUUAAUGAAGAAAAGCUCUUGGUCCUCUACAUUGACAGUGAGCAGAGCCCGUGAGGUUUACCAGAAAGCUUCAGUUAAUAUGGAUCAGACACUAGUGAAGUCAGAGACAUGUCAACAGGAGCGGUCUUGUCAAUACCUUCAGGUUCCCCAAGAUGAAUGGAGCGGGUACGCUCCACAAGGCAAAGAUGACGAGAUUCCAUGCCGGCGGAUGCGCAGUGGCAGUUAUAUUAAAGCCAUGGGGGACGAUGAUAGCGGGGACUCAGACACCAGCCCGAAGCCAUCGCCAAAGAUUGCAGCACGAAGGGAGAGCUAUCUCAAGGCCACCCAGCCCUCACUUACGGAACUCACCACUCUCAAGAUAUCCAGCGAACACUCUCCAAAACUUCAAAUCCGGAGCCACAGUUACUUGAGGGCAGUGAGUGAAGUCUCAAUCAAUAGGAGUUUGGACAGUCUGGACCCUGCAAGUCUGUUAACUUCUCCUAAAUUCCGUUCCCGGAAUGAGAGCUACAUGAGAGCCAUGAGCACCAUUAGUCAGGUGAGUGAGAUGGAAGUAAAUGGUCAGUUUGAAUCAGUCUGCGAGUCAGUGUUCAGCGAACUAGAGUCUCAGGCCGUAGAGGCCCUGGAUUUGCCAGUGCCAGGCUGCUUCCGCAUGAGGAGCCACAGCUAUGUGAGAGCAAUUGAGAAGGGCUGUUCCCAAGAUGAUGAAUGCGUGUCGCUGAGGUCCUCAUCUCCCCCACGCACGGCCACCACAGUGAGGACCAUCCAGAGCAGUACUGGGGUUCUCAAACUGGGGUCUGUUAUUGAGUUGUCAUCCUGCAUUACCACGUAUAAGAAGACACCACCUCCUGUUCCACCAAGAACCACCACAAAACCUUUUAUUUCCAUCACAGCCCAGAGCAGCACAGAGUCUGCCCAAGAUGCAUACAUGGAUGGGCAGGGACAAAGGGGCGAUAUCAUCAGUCAGUCUGGACUUAGUAACUCUACAGAAAGCUUGGACAGUAUGAAGGCCCUAACUGCUGCUAUUGAGGCUGCUAAUGCACAGAUCCAUGGCCCUGCAAGUCAGCAUGUAGGCAACAAUAAUGCAACUGUCACCACAACCACCACCAUUUCCACCGUUGGUGUAGAAGACAGAAAGAAGGAUCACUUCAAGAAAAACAGAUGUUUAUCCAUUGGAAUACAGGUUGAUGACGCUGAAGAAUCCACCAAACCAGGUGAAAAUAAAGCAACCAGUAAGUUCCAAUCCAUAGGAGUUCAAGUAGAGGAGGAGAAGUGCUUCCGCAGGUUUACUCGAUCUAAUAGUGUAACAGCAGCUGUGCAAGCAGACCUGGACUUCCAUGAGAAUUUUGAAAUAUCAGUGGACCCUCAGGAGGACAGUACAUGCACUGGGCAAAUAUCAAGACAAUAUUCCCGAGAUGCAAGCACCUCCACUGUUAGCAUACAGGGGUCAGGAAACCAUUAUCAUGCAUGUGCAGUAGAUGACGACUUUGAUACAGAUUUUGAUCCUUCAAUUUUACCCCCUCCGGAUCCCUGGAUUGAUUCUAUAACUGAAGAUCCUCUGGAGGCUGUUCAAAGGUCAGUUUGUCACAGAGAUGGGCACUGGUUUCUGAAGCUUCUUCAGGCAGAAAGAGAUCGUAUGGAGGGCUGGUGCCAACAGAUGGAGAGAGAAGAACAGGAAAACAACUUACCUGAGGACAUUCUAGGGAAAAUUCGAACUGCAGUGGGGAGUGCACAGCUUCUUAUGGCCCAGAAAUUUUACCAGUUCAGAGAACUGUGUGAAGAAAACCUGAAUCCUAAUGCACAUCCAAGGCCGACCUCCCAGGAUUUAGCAGGGUUUUGGGAUAUGCUCCAGUUGUCCAUAGAAAAUAUUAGUAUGAAAUUUGAUGAACUUCAUCAGUUAAAGGCCAAUAAUUGGAAACAGAUGGAUCCUCAUGACAAGAAGGAGAGAAGGGUCCCUCCUCCAGUGCCAAAGAAGCCAGCGAAAGGUCAGGUGCCACUCAUACGGGAACGUUCUCUGGAAAGCUCACAGCGUCAAGAGGCCCGGAAACGGCUGAUGGCUGCCAAACGAGCCGCAUCUGUCCGCCAGAAUUCAGCCACUGAGAGCGCUGAAAGCAUUGAGAUUUACAUCCCCGAAGCCCAGACGAGGCUAUGA